AGGAGGCACACUUCUACUCUGUAAGGCUGAAUUUAGAGCUGUCUGAGUGAAGACUAGGACUAACUUUAACCUGCAACACGGACUAACUUUAACCUGCAACACGGACUAACUUUUACCUGCAACACGGACUAACUUUAACCUGCAACACGGACUAACUUUUACCUGCAACACGGACUAACUUAAACCUGUAACGCGGACUAACUUUAACCUGUAACACGGACUAACUUUAACCUGUAACACGGACUAACUCUAACCUUGUCUCCGGACUAACUCUAACCUGGUCUCUGGACUAACUCUAACCUGGUCUCCGGACUAACUCUAACCUGGUCUCUGGACUAACUCUAACCUGGUCUCCGGACUAACUCUAACCUGGUCUCCGGACUAACUCUAACCUGGUCUCUGGACUAACUCUAACCUGGUCUCUGGACUAACUCUAACCUGGUCUCUGGACUAACUCUAACCUGUUGGAGCUGACAGCGGUACCCGUCCUCUCCGUCUCCUCUCUCCGGUCUCCAGCCUGAGGUUCGUUAUCAGAAUUAAACUGAGUGUAACAUCUACCGGCCUCAUGCUGAUGGAGAGCCGACCAGAAGCACCAUGGAUGCCGUGGACUACCGGGACCAUCUGAGGGUUUCAGCAGGAAGGAUGAGGUGGUGGAGAGAGGCGGACACGUGGAGAGGGACGGGGCAGCAGAGGAGAGACGAGGAAGACGAGGAGGAGGGUGAAGAGCUGGUGGAGGUGUCGCUCAGAGGAAACGCACCCUGGGGUUUCACCCUGAGGGGGGGCACCGAGCACCGAGAGCCUCUGGUCAUCACCAAGGUGGAGGAGGGCAGCGUGGCAGCAUCGGCCCGCCUCCAGGCCGGCGAUCAGAUGGUGAGCGUGAACGCCGUUCCCCUCGGCGGCUCCCGACAGGAAGCCAUCUGCCUGGUGAAGAGCUCUCAUAAGACGCUGACCCUGGUGGUUCGCAGGAAGAAUGAUCCGGGCUCACGGCCCCAGUCUUGGCACUCGUCCAAGCUGACAGAAGAGGAGUCAGAGCCAGCCAGGAAAGAGGCCUCUCCAGCACCAGUGUGGCAGCCAAAACAUGAAGCUGGGCCAAAAGAUUCGACGACUUCAGGGAACCAGGAAAACCAGCAGCUAACCAGCCAGACCAGCUCAGUGAACCUCAUGGAGAAACUAGAGCGUCCGUCUCAUCCCUUCCCUCCAGGUCGUCUCUCGCCGAAUAAAUACAACAGCUGUGCAGAGCCGGGAGGAAAGCGGGACGCUGCGUUGAGCUGUUUCUCUAGCGGCUCCAGCCCUCCUUUUCAUGAGCAGGGCACAUCUGCCAGGAAGGGCACCAGCACUGAAAGCAUUUUCUUUAAAGGCUUUCUGAGUGAGGGGCCGCAGCACGCCGAGCGGCCCAGGUACCUUCAGCCCACGCUGGGUAGCGGCGGCUGGGAGGGGCCGAGGGAGGAGCAGCCUGCCUGCAGGGUGUCUAUUGCAGGGAAAGCCAGCAUCGGCCCAGUGUGGCAGGUCCCAGAGAAGAAGAAGUCCCAGUCUCCUCCUCCGCCACCGCCUCCCCUGCGUAGCGACAGUUUUGCUGCAACGAAGGUGUUCCCGUACUCUGAAGGGCCCAGCAGCCUAACUAAAGCCCAUGGCAGGUCUUUUGAAAAACUAACGGAAAACCCCAACCAGAACAGCCUCAGAGCCCAACAGGACAAAACGUCAGAGGCCAGACGGAGCUUCAACCCCCUGCCAACCAAAGACUUUCUCCAUCCUAGCACAGCAGCUGAUCUCAACCACAACCAGCUUUAUCCCAACAAACUCUUCUCUCUGUCCAGCAACGACAUCCGACAGUCUACCUACACCAGUCUACCUGCACACCAGAGGCAAUACAGUGAUGAAAGCCCCCUCUAUCUGCAGACCAGGUCAGCUCCACCAACCAAGAUCCAGAGUGUAGGAAGCUACUAUCGCAGCCUGCAGGAUUUGCCCACUAACACCUUCAGUCGGAAACAUGCCCGACAUUCAACAGCAUCAAUGGCAAGUUCAGCCACAAACCAAAACCUGGAGAACGGAGGACACGGCAGGAGCUACCUGACGAGCAAGCGUUCAAUUCAGGCUGCUGAGCUCCAUGCAAGGCGGGAAAAACCCUACUGGCCCAACAGCAACGAACCAGGCUUCCCAAGUUCCUUAAAGACAAGCAGUAAGGCGAAGUACUCUCUACCUCAGGCCCAGAUGCCUUAUACUGAAAACAAGGAGCGCAACAGUGCCUCCCAUGUGGGGAACAGCAUUUAUUUUGACCACAAAACCUCUGAUUUAUCUGCUCAGAGUCACAGCCCUGAAGAUGCUGCACAGGCAACUGAGGGAAACUUCCCAGUACCUCCAAAUAAUGACUAUAAGGUCAGUUUUCCAAGGCACCAAGACCCGUGGGUGCCUCAGGAGGACCACAGAAUAUCCCCCCUGAAAACCCCCCUUCUUCACUCUUUGGCCCAGGAGAGUCGGACUCUGGCUGAAAGGCCGCCAGCCCCAGGCGCAGGCGUCAUACCCAACCAGGAGACCAGUGACGCCAUGGCCGGCGGUAACGGAAAAACAAACCGACGCAGUGACCGGUACGCCACCACCCUGCGCAACGAGAUCCAGCAGAAAAGAGCGCAGCUCCAAAAGAGCCGCAGUGCCGCAACCCUGACAUGUGACGCCGAGGAUGAGGAGACGGAGGAGUGGAGAUCCAAAGAGAAUUCCACAUCUUCAGGUGUCUCCUUCUCCAACACCUACAAAGACCACCUGAAAGAGGCACAAGCCAGAGUCCUCCAGGCUACCUCCUUCCAGAGACGAGACCUGGAGCCUCUUGGACCAGAGGCGCCGGUGGUUAAAGCCUUCAAUGGACGCAUAAGAGGACGCAAGCGCUUUCCCCUGGCCAAGAGGACGCACUCCUUCUCAGAGCCGGAUAAGAUAGACAAAGUAGGAGUGGAGGGGGAACCUCAAACAGGGUCUUUAGGAGAGCCGAGGAGGUUCUUUGAUUCCAAACCUGCUUUUUCUCGACCCGUGCUGAAGUCUAGUCAGGGCACAAACUCAAACACAGACCUUGAAGAGACGGGCAAACAGGAGGGAGUUCCCUCUGGAGAACCUGAGCCAGUCUUAGACCACGUUCUCCUCAGCCCUGGACAGACACGGGUCCCACUGGAUCAGCAGAGGCUCGGGACCUUCGCUGAGUACCAGGCCACGUGGAAUAAACAGAAGAAGUCAUCGGAGGCCAGGACGCAAGGAAGGUACCACUCAGCGGAGAACAUCUUAGACACAGAUGCUGAAGAGAAGGCGGUGUGCAUCCACGAGAGAUCUCGAUCCUCUCCGUCUGCAGAUUUCUAUUCACAGAAUAAUGCCUCUUCAUGGAGAGACCCUCAGAGCCAGCAGAGCGGCCACAGCAGAGGAACGUCAGAGAGCAAGCUCCGGUACCAGCCUGACCACAGCCUGCAGUCUGCCCUGUCAGUCCCCAGGACGGAGGGCCAAGUCCCAGGCCUCUCUGACCACGGGACCAAAGCAGACACUGCCAGUCCCUCCCACACCGCGCUCCCCACAGGCCCUCGCGGCCUCAGUCCCAGCCCAGGCUCCCAGCUCCCAUCCCAGCCUCCACAAACUAAGAGCCUCCUGCCGCCGCCCAAGUCCCAUUUAGGCCCGGAAACCACAUCCUGCUCCCAGGAAUUUCUCCCUGGCGCCCCGGCAGACCUGCAGCCUCUGGCCACCCCCGGCUCCGACACCAAGCAGCACGCCGCGUUUGGCGGCCCCGCCCUGGCCAGCUCCCCUGUCCCCGUCAGAGCAGACUCGAGAGGAGAAAUCGUGGAGAGCAAGGAGGAGGAGAAGGAGCAGACGCUGUCUUCCAUGUCCCAGUCUUCCUCCUGGACGCCGGCAGAUGGAGCGCGGUCUCCCUCGCCUCAGUUCGCACCGCUGAGACUCACGGACAAACCGCCGGCCUUGUUCGUGCAGGAGGACUCACAGCUGAGGUCAGACGAUGACCUGAAGCCUCCAGCUGAGAUGGACGUGAACAGUCCGGUCAGGAAAGUCCCCGUUAAGAUCAUCCACACCGAGAGCAGCUUGGAGCGACAGGGCCGGGCCUACCUCCCUCAGAGCCUGGAGACCUGCAGCGUCCUAGACCUGCUGCCUCACAUCCCCACCCUCAGCCUCACAGAGCGCCCCGCCUCGUCUCCGUUCACCGCCCACAGCCAGCGGGCCGUCCAGGACUCGGCUCCGACGGCGGUCCGAGAGCCCCUCGCUGAGACGAGCUCGGAGGAGGACGCCAAGAGAGAGGAGCUGGCCAGGGACAUCAUGGGUAAAGACAAGUCCCUGGUGGAUAUCCUGGACCAAAGUGGCAGGAUGACCACCAUGGACCUGAUGGAGGGACUCUUCCCCUCAGAGGAGCAGAUCCUGGAGGGGGCCCACCAGCGCAGGAGGGCCUCUGCAGGGUCCAGACUGCCCACCUCAUCCCCCAGGAGCAUGGACAGGAGGGAGGAGGAGGACCUGUCUGUAUCAGCCACAUCCUCCCUGGUCCCCAGUUCCUCCUACUACAACACGUCUGCUCCCAAAGCCGAGCUCCUCAUCAAGAUGAAGGACAUGCAGGAGCAGCUGGAGGAGCAGGACUCGGAGGACGAGCUGGACGUGGACCUGGCCAGUAAAAAGCACGAGCUGAUCGCCAGCCUGGCGGGGAAGCUGGAGGUGCUGCGGGAGGCGCGGCAGAGCCUGCAGGAGGACGUGGAGGACAACGAGGCUUUGGGCCGCGAGGUGGAGGCCACCGUGCAGCGUCUCUGUCAGCCCAACCAGCUCGACAAGUUCCGCAUGUUCGUUGGCGACCUGGACAAGGUGGUGAGCCUGCUGCUGUCGCUGUCGGGGCGGCUCGCCCGGGUGGAGAACGCCCUCAACAGCCUGGAGGACGAGGCCCCGCCGGAGGAGAAGCGAACCCUGACUGAGAAGCGUAAGCUGCUGAUGCGGCAGCACGAAGACGCCAAGGAGCUGAAGGAGAACCUGGACCGGCGUGAGCGUCUGGUGUCCGGCAUCAUGGAGGAGCACCUGGACCCAGAGAGCCUGGACGACUACCGCCACUUUGUCAAGAUGAAGUCGGCCCUCAUCAUCGAGCAGCGCAAGCUAGAGGACAAGAUCAAGCUGGGCGAGGAGCAGCUGAAGUGCCUGGUGGACAGUCUGCCUCUGGACCAGAGACCCACGCUGUCGUAGUCUGAGCGGGCCGCCGGUCCGUGUGCCUCUGGACCAGAGACCCACGCUGUCGUAGUCUGAGCGGGCCGCUGGUCCGAUGGUUAGAGGACAGCUGCUACUGAGGGGAUGCUACAUGUAGCACGCUAAUGCUACUGUUACCACUGAAGCUCACAGCUCAGACUUCACAUCCAUUUGACCAUUUUUGGCCAAAAUCUGAUGUCAAACUCUAAAAGUUAGUCUUUCUACUUCAUCUAGCAGACUCAGAGUUUACAGGACCCUCUCUGUUUAGAAUAAUGACCAUCCUGAUCAAAGACACGCCUCUUUGACCUCUGAACCCUCUGCUAAAGUUUAAACCAAUGAUAUUAUAAAAGCAUCUUCAUCUACAGGAUUCCACCCUGGAAUGAUCUACAGGAUUCCACCCUGGAAUGAUCUACAGGAUUCCACCCUGGAAUGAUCUGCUGUUUGUCGUUGUUACUGCUCACUGCUGACUCUGGACGGGUUUCUAUUGAAUUUUCUUUGUUUUUAAACUUUUAGAUUAUUUAUUGUAGUAUUUUUGAAGCUUUAAUGCUGACUAAUUUAUUUCCUCUCCUGACGUAUUUUGUUCUAAAAUGAAGAGUUUGAUUCUUAAAGUCUGUUUUAGGAUCAUUGUUUAAACCUUUGCUGUCUACGAGCAUCCUCCCCUCUCAGUGACGUUUCUGCAGAUCUACAUGGACAGACUGAUGGUUUUAGAGUGAGACUGCAGAUCUACAUGGACAGGCGGAUGGUUUUGGAGUGAGACUGCAGAUCUACAUGGACAGACUGAUGGUUUUGGACUUAGACUGCAGAUCUACAUGGACAGGCGGAUGGUUUUGGAGUGAGACUGCAGAUCUACAUGGACAGGCGGAUGGUUUUGGAGUGAGACUGCAGAUCUACAUGGACAGGCGGAUGGUUUUGGACUGAGACUGCAGAUCUACAUGGACAGGCGGAUGGUUUUGGACUGAGACUGCAGAUCUACAUGGACAGGCGGAUGGUUUUGGAGUGAGACUGCAGAUCUACAUGGACAGGCGGAUGGUUUUGGACUGAGACUGCAGAUCUACAUGGACAGGCGGAUGGUUUUGGACUGAGACUGCAGAUCUACAUGGACAGACUGAUGGUUUUGGACUUAGACUGCAGAUCUACAUGGACAGACUGAUGGUUUUGGACUUAGACUGCAGAUCUACAUGGACAGACUGAUGGUUUUAGAGUGAGACUCUGCAGAUCUACAUGGACAGACUGAUGGUUUUGGACUGAGACUGCAGAUCUACAUGGACAGACAGAUGGUUUUGGACUGAGACUGCAGAUCUACAUGGACAGACUGAUGGUUUUGGAGUGAGACUGCAGAUCUACAUGGACAGACUGAUGGUUUUGGAGUGAGACUCUGCAGAUCUACAUGGACAGACUGAUGGUUUUGGACUUAGACUGCAGAUCUACAUGGACAGGCGGAUGGUUUUGGAGUGAGACUGCAGAUCUACAUGGACAGGCGGAUGGUUUUGGAGUGAGACUGCAGAUCUACAUGGACAGGCGGAUGGUUUUGGACUGAGACUGCAGAUCUACAUGGACAGGCGGAUGGUUUUGGACUGAGACUGCAGAUCUACAUGGACAGGCGGAUGGUUUUGGAGUGAGACUGCAGAUCUACAUGGACAGGCGGAUGGUUUUGGACUGAGACUGCAGAUCUACAUGGACAGGCGGAUGGUUUUGGACUGAGACUGCAGAUCUACAUGGACAGACUGAUGGUUUUGGACUUAGACUGCAGAUCUACAUGGACAGACUGAUGGUUUUGGACUUAGACUGCAGAUCUACAUGGACAGACUGAUGGUUUUAGAGUGAGACUCUGCAGAUCUACAUGGACAGACUGAUGGUUUUGGACUGAGACUGCAGAUCUACAUGGACAGACAGAUGGUUUUGGACUGAGACUGCAGAUCUACAUGGACAGACUGAUGGUUUUGGAGUGAGACUGCAGAUCUACAUGGACAGACUGAUGGUUUUGGAGUGAGACUCUGCAGAUCUACAUGGACAGACUGAUGGUUUUAGAGUGAGACUCUGCAGAUCUACAUGGACAGACUGAUGGUUUUGGAGUGAGACUCUGCAGAUCUACAUGGACAGACUGAUGGUUUUGGACUUAGACUGCAGAUCUACAUGGACAGACUGAUGGUUUUGGACUUAGACUGCAGAUCUACAUGGACAGACUGAUGGUUUUAGAGUGAGACUGCAGAUCUACAUGGACAGACUGAUGGUUUUAGAGUGAGACUGCAGAUCUACAUGGACAGACUGAUGGUUUUAGAGUGAGACUCUGCAGAUCUACAUGGACAGACUGAUGGUUUUGGACUGAGACUGCAGAUCUACAUGAACAGACUGAUGGUUUUGGAGUGAGACUCUGCAGAUCUACAUGGACAGACUGAUGGUUUUGGACUGAGACUGCAGAUCUACAUGGACAGACUGAUGGUUUUGGAGUGAGACUCUGCAGAUCUACAUGGACAGACUGAUGGUUUUGGACUGAGACUGCAGAUCUACAUGGACAGACUGAUGGUUUUGGACUGAGACUGCAGAUCUACAUGGACAGACUGAUGGUUUUGGAGUGAGACUCUGCAGAUCUACAUGGACAGACUGAUGGUUUUAGAGUGAGACUCUGCAGAUCUACAUGGACAGACUGAUGGUUUUGGAGUGAGACUCUGCAGAUCUACAUGGACAGACUGAUGGUUUUGGACUUAGACUGCAGAUCUACAUGGACAGACUGAUGGUUUUGGACUUAGACUGCAGAUCUACAUGGACAGACUGAUGGUUUUAGAGUGAGACUGCAGAUCUACAUGGACAGACUGAUGGUUUUAGAGUGAGACUGCAGAUCUACAUGGACAGACUGAUGGUUUUAGAGUGAGACUCUGCAGAUCUACAUGGACAGACUGAUGGUUUUGGACUGAGACUGCAGAUCUACAUGAACAGACUGAUGGUUUUGGAGUGAGACUCUGCAGAUCUACAUGGACAGACUGAUGGUUUUGGACUGAGACUGCAGAUCUACAUGGACAGACUGAUGGUUUUGGAGUGAGACUCUGCAGAUCUACAUGGACAGACUGAUGGUUUUGGACUGAGACUGCAGAUCUACAUGGACAGACUGAUGGUUUUGGAGUGAGACUCUGCAGAUCUACAUGGACAGACUGAUGGUUUUGGACUGAGACUGCAGAUCUACAUGGACAGACUGAUGGUUUUGGACUGAGACUGCAGAUCUACAUGGACAGACUGAUGGUUUUGGAGUGAGACUCUGCAGAUCUACAUGGACAGACUGAUGGUUUUGGAGUGAGACUCUGCAGAUCUACAUGGACAGACUGAUGGUUUUGGACUGAGACUCUGCAGAUCUACAUGGACAGACUGAUGGUUUUGGACUGAGACUGCAGAUCUACAUGGACAGACUGAUGGUUUUGGAGUGAGACUGCAGAUCUAC